GGCGGGAAAGCUUGGCGCCAUUGCGCGGGAAAUGCCAGUGUUCGCGACUCUCUCUCUAUUUGAACGAACCCAGUCUUCCCAUUGGCGCCCAAAAUUCGGUCAUUGCCAAUUCCCGCCACAUCGCCGCCGCUGUCUCUCGCAAGCUCUCAGAAUGGCCCAGCAAGACGCGCAGAACGGAAGCCACGAAGUCAAAAAGCCGACUACCAAGAUCGCCAGGCUUCACGAAAACGACGACGUUUCUGGAAAUGCCGCCCCGUUUUUCCUGGUGAAGAAGCUCUCCGAAAAGGCGGUUUUGCCCGCGAGAGGCUCGCCUCACUCUGCAGCCUAUGAUCUCUCGAGCGCGACGGAGACGAAAGUUCCGGCCAGAGGAAAAGCCCUGGUCCCAACCGAUCUGAGCAUUGCGGUCCCUGAAGGAACCUAUGCACGAAUUGCGCCACGAUCGGGGCUGGCAUGGAAGCAUUCGAUCGAUGUCGGAGCUGGUGUCAUCGAUGCUGAUUACAGGGGUCCGGUUGGGGUUGUGCUGUUCAACUUUUCCAAUGUUGAUUUUGAGAUCAAGGAGGGUGAUAGGAUUGCUCAGCUGAUCAUUGAGAAGAUCAUCACCCCUGAUGUUGUGGAGGUUGAGGAUUUGGAUUCCACUGCCAGAGGUGCCGGAGGGUUCGGGUCUACCGGUGUUUAGACCGCCCUACCGGUGUUUAGGCUUCGCUGUGUUUUGUGAUCGGGGGCUUGGGGAACAAUGUAGUUGGGUAGUUUUGUUUCAGUCGUAGGUGGCCGGUCUACUCUCUUGUUAUGCAAAUAUAUUCGGUGAAUGAAUGAGUUUAUUUUGUA